AUGUUUCUGGAUGGGGCAGAAAGCAAUAUACCUUCCACUCCCUCUGAUAUUGCGAAGGGUUGCUUGACUCAGAAUUCAUAUGAAUGGCUAAAUAGUCGGCGUAUGUCAAAUGACAAGAUCCCGCGUGUCUACGUUGAGAACAUGACGACAAGGUUUCGUCCCUUUUCAAGUUUCACUGAGCUUCUCCCGUAUCUGUCGCAGAGUCUGGCGGACAACAGAUCGUCAUUCGUAGACACCGUCUUUCCUGGAGCGUUGGACAAUACCGAACCUCAAAGAAUCCACCACUGGGCGGUGAAACUCGUUUUUGUCGCCAUUCAAUACCAUCAACACAAGCCAGCAAGACAAGAAGCCGAGCUGCGGCACCACGACGAGUCAAGCACCCAGUGCAGUUUGCAAAUGAGGCAUCAUAAUGUUAGCAAUUUCGACUUCGAAUGCCCGUCUUCGAAGUUUAUUGUCGGUGGGUUGACCGCCAAUGGGCUCGGUAGUAAUACUAGAGCCGCAAUUGCCACCUUGAUACUAUCGGGUCUAGUCACAAAUCGGACCGUCCUUCUGAUUCAGAAUGGCGAAAAGGGACCAAAAUUUAUCAGAAAAGCUUGGAAGUUGAGCUCUUGCAAACGUGGAGAUUUCCAGUGUGUCUACUAUCCCCUCACGCCUUGCAUUCCGACAUGGGAGAUGGUUGCUAAUGCUCAUAUAUUGGACAAACCGUACCACUACUACUUCAGAGACGGCCAUGUCCGCAACAUUCCAACAAGUGAAAUGGACAAUAGAGUUUGGGUACUUCAGAAGUACGGAGUGACUGAACUACCUCCAAGCACUGCUAUUGAUCUUCUUCACCAAUAUAUUCGAGAAUUAUUCCAACCGGUACCCCUUGAAUCUGGUCAGAGAUCUUUUUUUCGUCGAGUUUUGAGAUAUAUUCUACAUUCAGGUCACUCAAGACUAGAAACGAACUCUUCAAGUUUCUCCUAUCCGGCCUCUACGAAUCUAAUCAAUCAUGCAGCAGAAAUUUUUGCUUUGCGACCUAACUUCGAAAACCGAUUGAUGUUAGACGAGAUAAUGCGAGAGAUUACUCCUCCUGCCAUUGAGUCAUCUUCUUCACUGGUUGGGCUGCCAAUUAGAGCGUCGGAUAAGUGCCACCGUGAAUCGGAAUGCAUGACUUUUGCUGAUCAUAUGAAAGCCGUUCGCUUAGCCAAGCAGAAGUUGGCAAGGUAUAAUGAGGAUGGCACCAGUGGUCAAGCUAUACUCUUCACAAGCGAGAGCAUUGAAAUGAGUGACGAGCAGAAAGCCUAUAGCAUGAACUCGAGUUACAGAUUUUUUGUCAACUCUCGAGAUGUAACUCCGAAUUCGGGCCUGAUCAAUGAAGUUUUGAACGCAGGAAGGUUUACGGCUGAUGAAAGUAUGUUGUCAGCAAUAAGCACUCUGUCAUUUCAAAUGAAAGCUCGGGUAUCAAUUUUGAACUGUUGCUCAAACUUCCACAUGUUGAUGAAAGACUUCCUAUUAGCGGGUUUAGGGUCUUUUAGUGAUGCCAAUCCCAUCUGUCUGCAAGACUUUGGUGUUUCAGAGCUCAUGCUAUGCUGUAGCUGGGAGAAGACCGAGUGCCAAGCAAGGAAAAGAAAUAUGGUGAAAUAG